UGUCAGAGAACUGAAUGAUAGGAAACACAGCACAGGUCUACUGUUCGUUAGUGCUGAGGACGCGGACUCCACCGUAGGGACGUUUCGCUGGAGACAAUUUCGAAGGCAAAUGUUAACUUUCGGAUAAUACAUUCAGCUAGACUAUCUAGCGUUUAAGGGGCUGGUUUUCCUAUAUACAUAUUGGUGUUCUACAACGGAACAGCAGAAAUGUCGUCUCCAAGUCCGGGUAAAAGGCGAAUGGAUACGGAUGUGGUGAAACUCAUCGAGAGCAAGCAUGAAGUCACCAUCCUCAGCGGACUCAACGAGUUUGUAGUCAAGUUUUUCGGACCUCAAGGAACGCCGUAUGAGGGGGGCGUGUGGAAGGUGCGCGUCGAUCUUCCCGACAAAUACCCGUUCAAAUCACCAUCGAUAGGAUUCAUGAAUAAGAUCUUUCAUCCCAACAUCGACGAAGCGUCAGGGACCGUGUGCUUAGAUGUCAUCAACCAGACGUGGACGGCGCUUUAUGACCUGACCAACAUCUUUGAGUCGUUCCUGCCCCAGCUGCUGGCCUACCCCAACCCCAUCGACCCGCUGAACGGAGACGCGGCCGCCAUGUACCUGCACCGGCCCGAGGAGUACAAACAGAAAAUCAAAGAGUACAUCCAGAAAUAUGCAACGGAGGAGGCCCUGAAGGAGCAGGAGGAAGGAGCCGGAGACUCCUCGUCAGAAAGCUCCAUGUCGGAUUUCUCUGAGGACGAGGCGCAGGACAUGGAAUUGUAGUGAUGGGAUACCUUCCCCAUCCUCCUCCUCCAGCCUCCCCUUCACCCCUCCC